CUGGAGCACAGUUCCUGAUACCGUUCAGGAGCGGAAAAGAUGGACGCAUCCAGCGAUCGUCAUUCAACCUCGUUCUGUCGAUGAGAUUUUCCCGGCAAUGUUGCAAUUGGAUCAUCAUAUACAGCAGUUACCCGCAAAAGUGGACCAGCGUUUGCAGCCAGCGGCAUCACAUCAGUAGCUACCGGCCAGGAAAUUUACCAAAACUAAACCAGUAAUGCCAGCAUCAGCUGCCCAUUCAUGUGCUGUUCGAUCAUGGAAGUAUCAAAUAGUCAGCUGACGUUUUCCCGGCUCCGACCAAGAGCGUUCAACAUCCCGCUCUUUCGGUCAGCUUGUGCGUCCGUCGUAGUUAGUAAUCCAUUGAAACAGGCGAAAACAAAUCGCACGAUAUCAUCCCAUGAUACGAAAAAGAACAAACGCAAAACGACCUGUUGACGCGUGUCAUACUUGUAAUCCAUCGAAGAAGUGUGUAGACGAUCACAGGAUACGAAGUGUGUAGACGGCUACAGGACGCUGUUGGAGGUGCUAUAUUCGCGGUGCAACGAAUAAGUACUGUAUUCAUCACAUCACUGGCGACAUCAAGUGACGCACAGCAAGAUGCCUAAACAGUCGAGAGAAGCCACUCGCGCAAAAGCCAACAAUCGGGAGCGAAAGCGUAUGGGUAAAAUAAACACAACUUUGGAUUCAAUACGAAAAAUACUCAAUUUAAGCUCCACCACCUCAAAGCCAGUUACAUUGAAUAAAGCGUUAGAGACGCUGAAGGUAUUGCUGUCGUCAAGGACUGCAGUUGAGACGGGGAAAAGUGAUGUUGAUGAACAAACUGUUUUCUACGAAGUUUUAACCCCACAAACUCCAAUGGAUCAGACAAAUGAAUCGGUCACCCAAGAAGAAUCAUCCAAUAUUUUAGUGCCAAAUGAGGUUGAUGUUCCUUCUGAUGAUUCGAAUGUAUUUGCAAACGACAACGAACAUGACAAUCUCCUGGCGAGUGACGAAGGAAUCAGCAAAGAACCAGCACAAGAAUCGGGACAAAUGUUGGACACCGAGAACUCGCUGGCUGCCGAACUGCAAAGAAAUUUGGGUGAGGAGAGCUUCGAGUGGUUGGACUGGAAUCUACCAGACUGCGAUGAAUUCUUCAACGAUGACAAUCGACUGAUAGGUUUGGACACUGAGGACAGCUUGACUGAGCUGGAAGUGUUGUACGGUUGCACCAUCCAUUAACGGGACCUUUUGGCAAAUAGUCGAUGAGAUGUGACAAGACAGUCCAAGAAAUUGCGGUGGCCUUAAACGUGUACCUAUUACCAAGAUCAUCACUAUGGAAGUAAUUGUACACAGCACUGAAAGUACACAAUCGACAACUCCGUGCCAUGCAGAGCAAUCGAAGCCCACGUAAAUUAGCAGAAGUAGGAAGGAAAAUAAGUCAUAUCAAAUAUCCCAUACUUUUAGAACCGAAAGUCGAAGGGCGAUCGAUAGCGAUCGCGCUACAAUUGACUGGUAUUUACACACAGUUUUAAGUCUACUUCACCCGAUGCUCAAUCUUCUCUCUUAUUGCCAACUUUUCCCCAUGCCCAUCUCAUUGAUCUUCUCAUUUAGUCGAUCCAGUACUGUACUAUUGUUAAUCGCUAGUGCCUCAGAGAGAUGCGUUAAAUGAACAACGAAUAGCUUGCGGACACUGCACGUUGGUAAAAAGUGUGUUUGGUGAUCGUAUCGAUGCGGUUACAACAUCUUUCCAGUAUUUAAAACAAAGGCACAAUCCUUUUUCUUUACUUAAGUUUAUUUAACUUAUUUGCCAUUUUGAAACUUGACCAAUGCCGACGCAAGCUGUUGAUAUUUUUAACAUCAGUUUUACAUUGAGAUUAUACUAGCAAUACCCAAAAUCAACGCGAAUCACACUUCAGAUGCUACAUCACCCAAAUGUUUAUAUUGCUUUUUCAGUGUAAACACACGAUCUUUAUCGUUGAAGGUUGUGCCAGUAAUCUCUAUGGGCAGCCUUCUAUUAUCGCUUCCCACCUCACCGUAUACAAUCUCCUGCGUACACAUGCAAAGUCUCAUCCCACCUACUUAAAUAUUUAAUUUAUCUGGAGUUGCCAUAUGCCACAUUUUUCUAUACCAGAUUUUAAAAUUGUAUGUCCUUUUUGCACUCCUGUGUUGUGAAAUAUGUUUCUAUUCUUAAAAACAAAAAAAAAACAGUUUUAUCGUCUGACUACAAAAUAGAAAUGAAAAUAUUAUCCAAAAAAUAACCACCGCUUCCAUGGAAGAGAAGUACAGAGCUGAAAAUGUGAUCGACUAAUUUUUUUUUGUUGUGUUGUACAUUCCGCAAGUAUUCAGAAAAUCAUUCCUUGGGCGUGCUACUUAUUGUCUGCCCAUUCCUCUAACAAUUGUUUUUCCUUAAAAGACAUGAAUUAACAAUAACUUUGGAUCAAACGCCAACCAUGGUGCUAUUUCCAUGCAAUUCUUGUGCCAUGUGCCAAAAGCCAAAUUCUUCUGACCAGAAAAAAAGAGAUAACUUCUCACAUUCCGGACAAAACGAAUACCUUGUCGUGGCAGCUGCUGUACGAUUCGAACGAUGGUCUGGUCCGGGUGGAUCAGCGUCCAGAUCUGUUUCAGAUUAACUCAACCCCAAAAAUUUCCUCCGAAAGUCAGAUGAAGUGAGUCGUAAUUUUCCUAUAAUCUAUGUAUUUUUGGCAAAUGGAACAACAACAAAAAAACUGGUAUAGAAUGUACAACAAACUAUGGCAACUCUGGUGUUAGCGAUACACUACUUAAAGUGCGUCUUUCCGCUUAAUACGUACUUAAGUUAAGCAGAGAGCGGUAAAGAUUAGAAAAUGUUAGUAAAUGAAGCAUCACAACUUUGCACAAAACACUCAAUCUCUUCCACUGUCACGUCUAACGGAAACGGACAGCCUCAAGCGUUACUCGCUAAAGUAUUUUGAGAACUAUUGUGGAUACAAACGAACAACGAAGACAGUAGAUAUAAGUUUAGAUUCUUUAAAGCCUGAAGAUUCUAGGCAAACGUUCAAUAGCUUGUUGUUUUAUAUCGAUGGCGAUUCGAAUGUUAACCUUAUGAGUUAGCGGGAAGAUGCAAUCUAUAGCAUUAAGCUUCAACAGUGAAGUGUUAGAUUAGCGUUUCAUAAUUUAUUCACUUGUUGUAGGAACCUGUUGUUGUUGACGAUUUUAAAGUUAGCUUAGUAAAACGUCAAACGAAAUAACGUACAAAAUUAGAAGAUAAGGAAGGAUAUUCAGGGAAGCAAACAAAAAGAACGCCAAAGGGCAGGUUGCGCUAAAUCAUGAGCCAUCAAAGCACCGGAGAAGCGCUUCUUUUGGGCUUAAGCAGCCCCGGAGAAGCGCUCCUAUGGAAGAAGUGGAAGCCAAUAAUCUACAACAAAAAGGCAGAAGUGGCGCUCCAAAGGCAGCGCUGCUUGCUGACUGAGCAUGUACCACUUAAGAUAGGCGAUUUGAGUUCCGUGUUUUUUGGAAAGCUAUCACGUACGCAGUUUUUUUUAUUGAUAAGGAACGUCCUGGCCGUACUGCUAUCACGUACGCAGUUAUUGUGCAAUAAAACACGACAGGGAAUAAUAUUACCGGAAAUGGGAAAGAAGACACCAUAUUGUUCCUACUUAAUCUGUAGGAUAAAUUUGUUACACAAAUUGUAAACACGAAAACUAUCGGCAAUACACAAAUUAGUAUUACGAGGCCAGUUUCAAAGACACAAAGCCUCUAUAAAUAAACGAAAAAAAUUGUUUAUGACAAUAUCACAAAAGUAACGUCGCAAGAGCUGUGUCCUUGGAGACCUCGGACCUGUUCUUUGAUUUUAAGAUGAGCUUGCACGACCAGCUGGUGCUUUUUGUCAACUAAAUUGGCCUGGCGAAGCAAAUCACGCACAACCCGGCCUGCAUCAAAACGCUCGUUCUAUGGGAAUCUCGUUGUAAUUGGAAUCUUGGCAUUAU